AUGGAUCGUCGACGUUUCUUAACCAUUGUCGAAAUACAAUCCUACAUAAAUACUGUGAGCAGUGGGGAUGAAGGCGAAGUAGUUUCAGCUAAACGAAUGAAAAUUGUUAAGCCUAUUUCGAAAAACAUAACUUCUGUCGUAUAUAUUCCACCAGCAGAUGUUGAUGCCGUAAGUGACGAAGAACUUAUUGACGAUAAUGAGGUGAUAACAGACGUACCAGCUAUGACGGAUGUUUGUGGAGAGUUGGAGGUCGAACAUGAAUCAGAUGUGGAAGAUUUUGCGUCGCCGCCGUCAUGCUUAGUUGGAAUACCUGAUGAUGGACCAUCCUGUUCUGCAAAAACAACUAAGUACACAGCAGAAAAAGAUUUCGGUGGCAAAACACUAUUUGAAUUGUUUCUGCAGUUCUUCGACGACGAAAUAAUGGAAAUGCUGGUCGUGAAUACAAAUAUGUAUGCUCACCAAAAUAAUAUCGUAGUGGAUAUUAGCAAACAACAGAUAUAUCGUUUCAUCGGAAUUUUGAUACUAAGUGGUUAUCAUAAAGUACAUCACGUUGAACAUUAUUGGAGUACACAGCAAACACUUGGUAUACCUAUAGUAAAGCAAGCUUUAUCACGUAAUAGCUUCCAGUUGAUCAAAAGAAUAUUUCAUCUAAUGGACAAUUAUGGCAUUGAUGCCACAGACAGAUUUGUCAAAGUUCGUCCACUUAUUGAUGCACUGAAUCCGAUGAACAUCGUCUACACCGCUCUGAUGUUGAUGCCGCGUUAUGCUCAAAAGAGAGUAGAUCUGCUCGCCGAAUUGAAAAAGCAGCAGAAGCCAGUUUUUAUGAACGAGGUGCCAGGAUAG